AAAUCCCGCCGCGCACGACGAGCCGAGUCUUGCGUCGAUGCCGGUUCUGUCUUUGUGGAACAGAUGGCUUCGGAUUUUCACGAACCAAGGCAUAGGCACUAGUGCUAUGGAGGGACUGCAACAGGCAGCAAGUUUCUCCGGAGGACGAUGCGAAGCUGAUGGACUUGGGCAAUCACAACGGCAAGAGGAAAUAGCUCGCCCUGCACAUAAUUCUUCCACUAGCAUCGAGAUGAUGCAAAACGAACGCAGCACCGACGCCGACCGCUCUACCAACAGAAGCGAGUCCGCCGCGAGUAAGAAAAACACUGGGACAAUCUGGGAUGACGAAGAAGACGAACACUCUGCUUCCUUGUCUUGCAGUAACGACCAAAGUAGUAGUAGCCACGAAGUUGACCAAGGACUGCAUCAAGCUGCGGAAAACUACUCAAGUCUGGGCUUUCGACCUGAAAAUAAUCGACAAGGAAGCGUUGUUUCGCUGGAAACACAUCUGGCGCUAUUCGUUGAGGCGUUCUGGGAAAGUUUGAUGACAUUCGCCUGUUCUAGUACUAGCAGUGGAGAUGAAAAUGCAGAAGUAGAUCAGGCUACCGCGUUCGCCCGUUGCAUGGAAGCUUGCGAGCUUUAUUUCCAGCACAUUCUAGAGCGAGAAGUGCUCGUGGUCCAGAAGGUGACUGGAAGUGGAACCGACAACAUCAAGGACGGUGCAUCCGCUGCUGACGCAUGGACGGGUUUUGUGAGUAUAGUGAUCAUGACUUCGAGAGUUUUGGUAGGAAAGUUGCAACCUUUCGGAGCUGCAGUACCUGGCGAAACGGCAGGAGCUCCUUCAUCCGGGGCCGCUCAAUUCCCAGCUGCAAAAUCGAAGACGGUGAACUCUUCCUUCGCAAACAUGGUAGCGAGUAUACAAUCGCAACUCUUUACCCGCACUCUAGUGGUGCUGUCUCGCGUCGUGGAUGCGAACCAAAGCGAAAUAUCCCAGGAGGGGAAGAUGAAAGGCGGCACCAAAAGAACCGUAAUUGGCCGGGCGGAGAAAUGUCUAGUUGUACCGACAGCAGUUGUAUUAUCCGCCCGUAUAGCAGCAGGCCUGAUGCGGUUCAUGAGCGGCAUCCUGCGGACCGGCGGCGCUUUCUCAACAGGUGGAAGUUCGUCCUCUCCACAGCAGCCAGCUUUGCCCCUGACGGCGGUUUUGCGCGCCAUUCACAUCGAACAAACGGGAACAACAACUGGAGGCAACACGUCCCUUCAGCCAGUGCGACCAGCUGUGACAUCAGAGAGUGCACAGGAGCAAGCGCUGCCGGGGGUUGUGGCCGCCGAGGAGCAAGCGUCCACCUGCACAAGAAGCAUUUUCGCCGCCCCACCAGCGGUUAUUUUCAGAAGCGGUCACAUGAUUUGUCUCCCCGCCUCUGCUGCCUCGCCAGCAGCAUCAAGUGCAAGACCAUGCACGGCGCCAGCGCCAAAUGGCAUUUUGCUGAAGCAACAGUGGCAACUUUUAUCCGCCAUUGUCAGCUUCCUGUGGCACAGUAGCUCUUUUUUUUCCGAAGAUCUUUCACGCGCAAAGGAGAGCGUCGCUCAGCAUCGAUCAGGAAGCAAGCAAAAGAACAAUCGAGAUGGACCAGUCCCCACUACAACCUUCCUGCACAGUCUUCUCAGCAGAGGGUUGCUUUGGGUGGAGCUGCUGCAAAGCCACAACUUUCUUCCCUUCUUGCUCAACUACAAGGACAGGAAAGGCUGGCUGCCGUUUUGCCGGCUGCUGGUGAAGUGGCUGCGGUUUCUGCACGCAGUUUCUGUUCAGUUGGAGAACUACGUGCACAAUUCGAACAAGGGCAGCGGAAAGCGAUUGAACCAAGCAGAAGUUCACACUAAGAGAAACGAAAAAGCCUCGAACUGUACGACCAAAACCGCCGAAGCUGCUGCUCUGGAGCCCAGCUUGAGGAAAACCACCGAGUUGCUUUUGCUCCUACUUCACGACUACCCGGACUUCCUGUCUGAGUACUACCAGCUGCUACUGAACGCCCUGCCAUAUGAAAUCGACAAGCCGAAAAACUCCAGUACCCGUACCGCACAGGCACUGCAGCUAAUGGUGCGUGGCGAGCAAAACCAAAACCUUCAACGUAGCACAUACCGUCACGACUGUACCACGAAAGGCCCUGCUACAGGCGAUUGCUUCACGCAGAUCAGAAACAUCAUCAGCUUUGCGCAUCCAGCGAAGUUUUUCACAGAGCCGCCGAGUAUCUGUUCUAGUCCCGGUCGCGCCAACACAACUUCUUUCCCCGAUCCUAGUACGUCUAGUGCGGCUGAGAUCGAUCGCUUUCUGGGUGCCUGCAUUAACUUGAACACGAACCGGGAGGACUGCAACAACGGUGGAAAAAGACCGCAGCAAGGAUCUUCACCACUGCCAACUAUUCGCGGACCCGCCGCGGUGGAGCAAGCUGUGCUUGCUAGCGAAGAGUUCGAGAAGUCUUUCAUGUUUAUCCAGGAAAAAACACCCAUCCCCAUCCAUUUUGUGCAUGGCAAAUUGGAUGGGGAUGGGUGUUUUGUUCUCGAUAAUGUUGCUCAAGUCCACACAGAGUUUGAAGGGACAAAACCCAUCUUCAAAGUCGUGCUCGUCCUAUGUAGAGGCCUACGUCACCUGCGUAGAUUGUCUGCAGCAGCGCGGCGGUGACAAAUGGGAUCUUGUGCUGCAACAGGAGGACUUAGAGGAGGGAGAUGACAAGGAUGAUCUACAGAAACUUCCAGGUACCAUUUCAGCUCCAGCAUACUUGAUUCGAAUUCCUGUUCAUCCUGGCAUUUCAGAAUUAGAAGGUCAAAGUAGUGCUAUCGGGUGACAUGAGGUAACAGUAUCUAGGAGCAUUCUUCAGAAGCGUCGUGGUUGUUUUGCGAGCAGCAGGAGAAAGUCUCACUACAUGUUCUUGGAUGCAGUUGGUUUGCAAUAUCAUUUCCUACAUCCAUUUUCAUCCGCUCGAUAAGGUUCUAACUCAGGUAUCCGCGUCCGGGCCGGCCCUUCUCUGAAAAGGGGAUUUAAGCUCUCCGUAUUUCGCGGAUUAGAUGAAGUUCCGACCGAGUUGCAAACCGCUGCGCGGGCGGAAAUUAAGGCGAAAAUCGGGAAAGACGCCAAUCUUGGAAACGUGCACUCGUAUCUGUCAACCUUGGUUUUCUAUUUGGGAAAAAACUUCGAGAUGAGCCACAGCCAUGUCACUGGAGGGCGAGCUGCUUCUCCUGAUCUUGUCGAAACGGAUCUACAAAGUGGCACAGCAGCUCUAUCUUCUUUUAAGUCGGACACGACAGUGGCGAGGAUCUACCAGCGGACAAGGUCGCGCCGCGCGUUUUCUCUGUUCCUGUUUCUGCUUUUCGGAGAGCAUGACCCCCGGUUUAGCAGCUCCAUGACUUCUGCUCGGAUGAGUCUCGAAGACAAGGAAGCAGUUUCGCCGUCCUCUGCUAGACACGACAUGAAGAUGCUUCACCCGGACCCAGCGGUCGUGCUGAACCUCGCUGUGACCCAUCUCCGAUAUCCCAAUGCCCACACAAAAAGCUUUCUCAAUUUGUUUUUCAAGCUCUUUGAGUGGUGCGAGGAUAUAUCUUCGUCUGUUCCGGUCAAAGGAGUGGAGGCGGGCGAUGAAGCACAAAUGGUUGACAAUGAUGCCUGGAGGGCUGAUGCCGAAGGUCCAGAUCUACGUCGCCACGCAGGAGGUUCAGCUGCGGAAUUAGUGCACCAGCCAAGUACUACAACUAGAAGCACAGGUGCAAGAACCAGUGCGGCGCCGGCGGCGGAAAAGGUUCAGGCGGUGCUUAUCGAGAUUUUUCUGCAAAGGCUCCUCGCACACCGGCCGCAUCCCUGGGGCCUUUUGGUCUGCUUUGUGAGACUGGUCCGGGAAACGAAAAAAUACCGCUUUUGGAAAAAUUGGAAAUUUCUGGCCGAGAAUAAAGACUACACGGAGCUGGAGCAGUUGUUUAAGAUGCUGGCGGCUGAAUGAUAUUGAUUCUGGCAGCAUGGUUUGGCUUUCGUAUUCUUUCCGCAAAAAUCGCACUAUUCGUAUUCGACGACCAGCACUUCUUCUUCUUCAUAACGGCCGCCUGCGAUUGAUGUCGUGUGCCUCUUGAAACGCGACGGUGAUCGCUCCGCUUUUUUCCGGAUGCGCAAAUUUUAUUUUGAUAAAAAAGAAGUGAAGUAUCUUACUUAGCACUCGAGUUGUAACAGGCUAACGGCGUAACGCAGUCGUAUCGCCGUCGUUUAUUUGGUUUUCCUUUUCGCUUUAGAGAAGUAAGUUUGUUUCCCUAGGUAUUGGUAGUAGCUGGUGCUCUCAAACGCAUUUCAAGACAGGAUCUACUCCCGUUGCCGUUCUCCUGCUUCUUCGCUUUUGUUCUGACUUGAAGAAAAACAAAAUUUAGAAUAAAGCAUUGAUACAAAGGUGAUGGCUGCUGGACAAUAUACAGAACCAAAGAGGCACAAGAAGAAAAUACUCACUGCCCCCGCUCCGUUUCGUUAUAUUCGC